CACUGCUGAUCACUUGUUCGCAAGGCACAGAGAUGAACUUCCAGCUACUGAUUCUGCUGCUGGUGGCCGUGUUUGGCGUCGUCUCGGCAAGCAGAUUCUACGACGGCGACGGUGGCGGUGGUUACGGAUACUCCAGUCGUGACGGAGGACGCUACCGCAGUUAUAGUGGAAGGGACCGCGGCAGUCAUGGCAGAAGGCACUGGGGCAUGCACGGCGGCGGCGGCCUCGGCGGCGGCAUCGGCGGCGGCGGCCUCGGCAUCGGUAUCGGCGGCGGCCUCAGCGGCUAAGGCCACAAUUGUGGCCACAAUCGCUACUGACGACACAACAUAUGACUUGGGAGAGCCGUCAGCGGGAGAGCUAUCCCGUUUGUCUCCCCGCGGUGUGACCCGACCCUGUCCUGCACAGUGACCGCUGUCGCAACUGGCCACUGUCCGUCUAACUCUGAUCGUCACCUGGAACUGCAUCUCUUCUGCAAAAAUAAAUCUGCACAUUUACGGUCCGUUUUAAGGAACAACGGAGC